AUGCUGUCGCAAUACGCUCUUUCGGCUGUGGCGCUGCUGGCGUCGUUUGCCCAGCCCACACUCGCGCAAGUCUCAACCAAGUGCAACCCGAUGAACGCAACUUGUCCUGCCGACCCGGCCUUCGGUAUGGACUACAGCUUCAACUUUAACUCCACGCCGUCGAGCGACGCCUGGGAGACGACCGUCGGACCCGUCAAGUAUACUGCCGCGAAUGGUGCUGAAUUCACAAUCAGCAAGCAGGGCGACUCUCCAACCAUUCGAACCAAAUUCUAUUUCUUUUGGGGCCGCACCGAGAUCCAUAUGAGGGCAGCCACGGGCCAAGGUAUUGUGAGCUCCAUGAUGUGGCUUAGCGAUACGCUGGAUGAGGUUGAUUGGGAGUUUCUUGGUGUCAGGAAUGAUGCCCUAAGCAACUACUUUGGCAAGGGUGUCGAGGACUUCCACAACGGUGGCGAGCAUCCGGUGACAGGAAGUAUUCACGAUGAUUUCCAUAAUUAUACCUGCGUCUGGACAAAGGAGAAGCUCGAGUGGUGGAUCAAUGGAAACAAUGUGCGGACCCUUCUCCCGCAGGACGCCAACAAUUCCAUGGCUUAUCCCCAGACACCCAUGCGCCUGAGUCUCGGUAUCUGGGCCGGUGGUGACCCUCGCAUGGCCAAAGGAACCCAGGAGUGGGCUGGAGGCGAAACCGACUACGCUGCCGGUCCUUACACUAUGUACGUCAAGUCUGCGCAAGUGACUGACUACAGCUCUGGAAAGGAAUACUCUUUUGGGGAUAAAUCAGGCUCGUGGGAGAGCAUCAAGGUUGCCGAGGGCAACUCGACUGUCAAAGAAGCGCUUUUGGCGGAACCUAGCAAGUCCGUCAGCGAAAAGUUCGACGCACUUAGCCCGACCGCAAAGACCGCCGUGUACGCAGGGGGCGUCGGCGUGGGUUGCGCCCUCAUCGCCUUCGGUCUUUUUUACAUUAUCCGCCAGCGUAGGCGCGGUGCUGCCGAAGCAAGACUUGCUGCCGAAAAGGCCGAAAGCGAGCGCCUUGAGCUCGAAGGUUUCCACAAACGUGGUGUUGAUCCCGACUCCUUCGCUGGAUCGACAGGCACCGAGUACAACGCCGCAGAGUUCAGCAAGAACGGAAUGGCACAAGGGAACGCCUACAGCGUCCCUGCGACCCAGGAGAAGGAUGUUUGGGAUUCUGCUCCGGCGGCCGCUGGCGCGGCUUCACCGGGUGCGUACAGCGACUCACCCAACGGCCGGGGACAGGUGCCGUCUCCGUUGCAUAUGCAGAGCCCCGGAAUGCCACCUUCGGGCCCUCUUCCAAUGGCUCCGAGCCGCAGCACCUCUCAAGGUGGAUAUUCCAGACUCGGGUCGCCUGGUAGUCCACACAGCCCUCCGCCCAUGAGUCCGCCCUCCCAAGGACACAGCAACUAUGGCUUUAACAAUCAGCAGGGCUAUAGCAAUGGCGGCUAUGGGGACGCGAACCAGGGACACUGGAACAAUGGAGGCUCUCAGGGCGGCUUCCGGUGA